AUGGCCAGCGCAGAAGGCAGGAAACACGCCCGUUCGUUCUCCGCCCUCGCCGACCCAAGCGCCGUGGUGAAGAUGCAGCCGUCGAACGUCGCCCCGAUCAAGACGCUGGACAAGAACGGGGAGGAGAUCACGACCGUCGGCUUUGACCGCUUCGGCUUUGACUGCGAGGUCCCGCUCGAGGUCGUCCGCGCCCUCUACCUGCGCCCGCACUACAUCGUGACGCAGACGUCGGACGAUGCCGACAUCGACUCCAAGGAGGACUCGGCCCACGCAAAGUUCACCGGCCAGUUCGCAGCCUACCAGUCCAAGAGCAUCUACCACCCCGACUCCCAGUCCAUCUCCUACACCACCCUCUCCCGUUUCCCGCCCGUGAAGCUUCUCCCGCCCUCCCAGCGCAAGCGCGUCCUCGUCACGGGAGGCGCCGGCUUUGUUGGCUCCCAUCUCGUCGACCGCCUCAUGCUUCUCGGCCACGAGGUCACCGUGCUCGACAACUUCUUCACCGGCUCAAAGACCUCCGUAUCCCACUGGCACGGACACCCCAACUUUGAGCUCGUCCGCCAUGACGUCGUCGAGCCCUUCAUGAUCGAGUGCGACCAGAUCUACCAUCUCGCGUGUCCGGCCUCGCCGCCGCACUACCAGAUCAACGCCGUCAAGACGCUCAAGACCUCUUUCCAGGGCACCCUCAACAUGCUCGGCUUGGCGAAACGCACAAAGGCCCGCUUCCUCAUCACGAGUACAUCCGAGGUAUACGGCGACCCCGAGGUGCACCCUCAACACGAGGACUACUGGGGUCACGUCAACCCGAUCGGCCCGCGCGCCUGCUACGACGAGGGCAAGCGCGUUGCCGAGACGCUCACUUACGGCUUCCACCGGCAAGACAACGUCGACGUCCGCGUCGCGCGCAUCUUCAACACCUACGGACCGCGCAUGAACCCCUUCGAUGGCCGUGUCGUUUCCAACUUCAUCGUCCAGGCUCUUCGCGGCGAGGACCUAACCGUGUACGGCGAUGGAAGCCAGACGCGCUCCUUCCAGUACAUCCACGAUCUCGUCGACGGUCUGAUCGCGCUCAUGAACUCGGAUGAGACGCGCCCGACGAACAUCGGAAACGGCGACGAGUUCACGAUCUUGCAGUUCGCUGAGCUCGUGCGCGAUAUCGUCGAGAAGGUCCAGUCCGAGGACGGCGAGAAGAACGCUCGUCGCGUGAACAUCAUUCACGAGGGCCUGCCCACCGACGACCCCAAGCAGCGCCGUCCGGACACGACGCGUGCCAAGGAGAGCCUCAAGUGGCAGCCGCGCUGGACUGUGCGCAUGGGUCUGGAAGAGAUGGUCCGGUACUACAAGGCCAAGAUGGCCGAGGGCUCGCUCUAG